AUGCAAGGUAGCGGCUUCCAAACUCCUCUGGAAUCCCCCCCCCUCCUCUUCCCUGCUUUUCCUCUCGGAAAGCGCCUGCGGAGCUGCUAUGGGGGAAGCCCCAUCGUGGAGCUCCCCGAAACUGGGGUCCCUAGCGUUGGGCUCUCCGUCCGAUCCCCCGUCCGUCGCGGCCGCCGCCUCCGCCCCGGCGGCCGCCGGCAGCACGAUCCCCUCCCCGCUGCCCGUCCCGGGGCUACGGCGCACCCGGCUGCCCGGCUCCCGGUGCCUGCCAGCAUCUUAAACCGGGGGACACACGGACUGACGGCAAACCCUCCCCCGCUGCAGCGGCGCCCCCAGCCCGCGCUCCCCGCGCCGCCCCCGCGCUCGUACCUGCUCUCGGGGCGCCCGAGGGGGCAGUGGGGGCAGUGGCCGCCGCCAAGAGCCGCCGCGCCCCGGGAGCCAGGCGCCCGGCGGCGAGCGGCAUCGCCCGCUCACGCCUCAGCAGGAGCCCAGCGGGGCGCCGCCGUCCCGUCCCGGCCCAGCCAGGCCCGUCCCGGCCGCGGCUGUGCGGGAAGUUGGGCCGGGCGGGGGCCGAGAGCGGCGGCGCUGCGGGAGCGCGGGGCUGUGCGCGGGGCGCGGCGCGGCGCGGCGCUUUUGCCGGCCCCCCUGUCCCGGUCCCCGUCCCCCCUUCCCUUCGUGGCUCUCGCAGCCGGCUCCGCUCCCGGCUCGGCUGCUCUUCGCGGGAGCGCUCUGACAGCACUUGCAGGACAGCGCGGGCACUCGGAGCCGGGAAGGGGAAUAAGAAGGGACCAUAUUCACACACACCUGGCCCACACUGGCACCACACAGGGGCACAAAGAGGCUCCUGUAACUUCCCUUCAUCACAUCUCACCUGAGCAACCCAGCACAGCACUGCCAGCUCUCACAAGGCUUGCUCCAACACACAGCAAAAAUGAAGGCACAACAGGAAGACACUGUUUCAACAUCAAGAUAUUGAAGCUUCAGCUGGAGUUCCACUUAUGUUCAUACAAAGAUUCAAGAGAAUGUCCUAGAGAGAGCAAAGCGGCUCCCAUAAUGAAUCUGCUGUGGACCCUACUGCUGAUUCCGAAAGCUUUCCAAAUUCUGAAGCCUGCUGAAAUUUUCCUCGACUGCUUAAACCAGAAGGUGCAGUUCCAGCUGAGAUAUCUAAAGAGCAAAUUUCUUGAUCCAGUUUCAGCUCACUUGCUUCCUUUGGAACAAGAAGGCACUUGCUUCCUUUGGAGCCUCUGCCAAACUACACUACUGUGGCCAAGGAGUUUCAAUUUCAUCCAUCACAUUCCCAAAGUUCACUGACAAAAAUGAUCAGGACCAGACAAACGAGGAUAACAUCCACGUUGUUACUGAGAUAUGAAAGUCAACACAACCUGAUACAAAAUGGUGGUAAUGAAAGACCAGGUGACAUUUCAGGCUGACAUUUCAGGCUAGCAUUUUAGUGAUGUUCAUGAAAAUUUUAGCUUAAGAAUAUGUUGAAAAAAGAUUUUGCAAAAUUAGGCCUGAGUCUGGGACUGUUUAUAGUGGAUUUAGCCAAGUAUAUCUCAGUUUGUAGAGUAAAUCAUCAGAUAUGAGUUCCUAGACAGUGUUUCUCAGGCUGUUUCACAACUCUUUAGUGAUCAUAAACGAGUCACAAAAACCACACUGCCUUCGACUUCCUGGGAACAGCCCUGUCCUCCAACACUGGCCUCAACAGUUUUAACUAGUUCUCCUCCCUCUGCCCCAGCUGAGCAGAGCUGCUGCCAGGAAUAAAAAGUGCAGGUGCUGCAAGGGUUAUGAGAGUGGGAAGAAGGGAGAGGAAAAGAGGGCUAUGAUAAGAGACAGGAGCCCUCCUCACUGAAGUUCAAGAAAUACUGUUGCAAAGAAAUGAAAAUGCUUUAGGUUUUGCUGAUUAGUGCAAGUAUUAAUUGGAAAUGUCCCAGUUACAACAGCUAUAUACACUGCAAGAAAGCAGAAUAAUACUGGGACCCGAGAUCAGAAAUGACACAGAACAAUAUUUUGCAGCACCCUCUAUUCACUCAGCCACUGCACUGAACCAUGGUGGAACAAAGCUGGCUGCCCUACUUCAGCUACAGAAAAAUUCUGGUCAUGUGGAAUAACCCCAAAUAAGCACCACAAAGCUGCCCACUGAUUCUCCUCCCAGCAGGAUGAAGGAAAGAAUAGGAAGGGUGAAAAUGAGAAAACUUGUCGGUUGAGAUGAGAACAUUUUAAUAACUGAAAUAAAAUAUUUUAAGAAUUAACAAUAAAAAUAAAAAUUGUAAUUAAAAAGAAAUCUUUUUAAAAAAGAGAGAAAUUAAACUCAACAAGUGAUGCACAGUGUAAUUGUUCAUCACCAAUGGACUUAUUUUCAGAAUCAGAGCUCAGGAAAAUGGUGAGGAUAACUAUAAAGAGAAUAUAUGAAUAAUCUUUUAUAGCCACCUGUAUUUUUCUUUUUUUUCCCCCCACAGUAUUUUAAAAGUGACUCUCUGUAGGCUCCAGAUAGCAGAAGUCUGAAGAGAAAGCAAUCCCAAUGUCACCCCCACCCUCUCUAAUCUACUUUUAUUACAAUUGAAGUAUAAAUCACACAAGUUAAUCUUCCACAAAAGCCACUAUUGUUUUACAUUUACUUCUAUUUUUAUUCUGAAAUUGCAGAGAUUUUGUUUUCUCAUUUAUCAUCACAGAUGUUGAAAUGUGGGAAGUGACAGAACAGGGUGAAUGUAGGAAGGAACAAAACCCCAAUCUUUUGGCUGGCUCGUGUUAGUGACUAUGAUCUGAUAUUUUUCCUGCAAUAGAUACAUGGAAGAGGGUACAAUUUAGAAAAGUGUUAAAUAUCCUGCUCCAUGCUGCACACAAAAUAUUUGUUGACAAUUAUGGUGAAAGAAAUGAUAGCCAUGGAGAGGUGCCAUUGGGUAAUUGCAAUCAUUUCUGUUAGCAUGUUCUAAAUAGAGUGCUUCAACCUUCAAUUUUAGAAUAAUUUAAAUUAGAAUAUGAAAAUAUUUCAAUUACAAACUGAGGGAAAAAAACCCUCAGAAACAAUAAAUGGAAGCUUCAAAUUUGUUUUUGAGAAAAAAUAUUUAUGGAGGGAACCCUUUCAAAGUAUUGUCCCCAUAAUUCUUUGGAUCAGACACUGAACUGAAAAAUUCAUAAAUAACACAAUGUUGUUCUUUAACUAUAAGCACUGUAACACUCAAAUUGUUACUGUCUAUUUCUCAUGUUUUAUCUAACUAGCAUUUAUUUCAGACAAUGAUUCUCACUUGUGUGUUUUCAUACUGCAUACCUGACCCCUGCCCAUACCUUGAAUGAUUACAUUACAGAAUUAGUUAAUUUAAUAGGAAUAAAAGUCUU